AUGUUUAACCGCACCAAUUACUCAAAUCCCUUCAGCAGCUCCAGGAGCGGAGGGCCUCCUUCACGAGAGGGCUAUUCGGUACCUGGUCAAGGGCCCCCUCCAUCUUAUGGUCAGCCAAUGCCUGGCGCAGGGGGACGACCAGGUCAGAUGCCAAUGCCAUCCAGGCCGCCGGUUGGAGCGAAGCCUCCGGCCGGAGGUGGUAACUGGGUACUGCGGCCUGCAAAGAGCCCGGAUAACAAUUACACAUUUGGGAACCUAGUUGCAGUAUCACCCUCUGAUUUUCCUCCGACGCGCGACGGACUUGAUCUUCUCCUCCUCGUUAACGGCCUUUUCGUCUUCUCCGCACGGCCAUACCCCAACUUCCCACCGGGAAACAUCAGUAUGUCGGAUCCGCAGCGGACGUGGGCUGGGGUUGCGUUCACAGAUUCUGUCAACGUACAAAUCUACGAUCCUUUUAGUCAAGGCGGGCAGGCCUACCUUGGCUCUACAGAUAUCGAAGUAGGAUUCGCCGGCAAGAAGAGAGUUGAGACGCCAUACGACCAAGAUGACCUGGGAAAUGCGGUGGCCAAGAACUUUGAAAACCAAAUAUUUGCUCCUGGUCAAAAAAUUUUGAUGGAUCACCGGAGUAUUCCGCUUUUGUUGACCGUCAAGACGGUCCAGCGGGUUGACCUGAGUUCAGAGAAGGCAGACCUUUCCGGCGGAGCAGUUGAGACAGAUCCCACUGCGAGGGGUAUUCUGACCAGACAUACUCAGUUCAACUUCUUCAAGGAUGCACGGACCGGUAUCAACAUGAAGCCGUCCGCUCGCCGGCCCGCAUCCAACUCCAUCAUCCAGCCGGACUUCAAGUUCGAGAACAUGGGUAUUGGAGGCCUCGACGCGGAGUUUAGCACAAUCUUCCGUCGUGCAUUCGCUUCCCGUAUCUUCCCUCCAGGCCUUGUCGACAAGCUGGGUAUCCAACACGUUAAGGGUAUGCUGCUUUAUGGGCCUCCAGGGACGGGUAAAACUUUGAUUGCGCGGCAGAUUGGUAAAAUGUUGAACGCCAGAGAACCCAAAAUCAUCAACGGUCCUGAGGUGUUGAACAAAUUCGUCGGUCAGUCAGAAGAGAACAUCCGGAAGCUCUUCGCCGACGCGGAGAAGGAAUACAAAGAGAAAGGAGAGGAAAGUGGACUUCACAUUAUCAUCUUUGAUGAAUUGGAUGCUGUAUGCAAGCAGCGUGGCAGCGGAGGAGGUGGUGGCACCGGCGUGGGAGAUAGUGUGGUCAACCAGCUUCUCUCCAAGCUUGACGGUGUAGACCAGCUCAACAACAUUCUGCUCAUUGGUAUGACGAACCGAAUGGAUAUGAUUGAUGAAGCUUUGCUGCGUCCUGGUCGUUUGGAAGUGCACAUGGAGAUCUCCCUCCCGGACGAGCAUGGACGUGGCCAGAUUCUGAAGAUCCAUACCCAGAAGAUGCGGGACAACAGCGUCAUGGACCAAGACGUCGACUUGGAAGAGCUUGCGCUUAUGACCAAGAACUUCUCGGGUGCCGAAAUUGCUGGCCUCGUGAAGUCAGCAUCUUCGUUUGCGUUCUCGCGACAUGUCAAGGUUGGCACGAUGGCCAGCAUCGGUGACGAUGUUGUUAACAUGAAAGUCAACCGUUCUGACUUCCAUCACGCGCUUGAUGAAGUCAAACCGGCAUUCGGUGUGUCGGAAGAGGAACUCUCCAGCCGCAUACAGUACGGGAUCAUCCACUACUCUCCUAUUAUAAACGAGAUCCUGCGGGAAGGAGAUCUAUUCGUGAAGCAAGUCGGGCAAUCUACUCCGCUAUUCUCCGUCUUGUUGCACGGACCCACGGCAAGUGGAAAGACAGCAUUAGCAGCUCGGAUCGCCAUUGACUCUGGCUUCCCCUUUAUCAAACUCAUUAGUCCCGAGGACAUGGUAGGAUACAAUGAAAUGGCCAAGGUCCAUCACAUCAGCAAGGUCUUCGAAGACGCCUACAAAAGUCGCACGAGCGUCGUUGUCGUUGACAACAUCGAGCGAAUUAUCGACUGGGUCCCGAUCGGUCCCCGUUUCAGCAACACCGUUCUUCAGACCCUGAUGGUAUUCCUCAGGAAGCAGCCAAGCAAGGACAGGCGCCUUUUGGUGCUGGCCACCACCACACAGCGCGCGGUGCUGAAGAAUCUCGACGUGUACAACUCGUUCAACGCUGACAUUAUGGUUCCGAACGUCAACACAUACAAUGAAUUGCGGUAUAUUAUGGAACAGUCCGAGGCAUUCGAUGCCCAGGAGAUUGCGCAGGCUCUGGAAGAAAUCGGUGGUAUCAUCGAUGAUGGGAAGAUUGGAGUCGGCGUUAAGAAGGUGCUCUUGGGUAUUGAGACGGCUAAGCAGGAUGUUGAUAAGGUCGGGCGUUUUGUGCGUGUAAUCAAUCGGGCAAUUGAGGAGGAGCGGAUUUUUGAGUGA